CAGGGCGGAAAGCCAAGCAGAAGCGAGCCGGUGUGCGCGGCACAGCGCGCUCCUCCCGCCGCCCUCCGGGGAGCGGGGCCGCCGAGCCCCUCACCGGAACCGCCGCGGGGAUCGAUGUCUCGGCGCUCGGCAGGCGGCUGCCGCCAUGGCGCUGAGCGGGGUGCGGGUGUUGGAGCUGGCCGGGCUGGCGCCGGCGCCCCUCUGCGGCAUGAUCCUCGCCGACUUCGGGGCCCGGGUGGUGCGGGUGGACCGGACGACCCGCUCCGCCGUGGCCACCGACGUGCAGGGCCGCGGCAAGCGCUCCUUGGCGCUCGAUCUCAAGCGGCCCGCAGGGGCGGCGGCGCUGAGGAGGCUGUGCCGCGGGGCGGACGUGCUCAUCGAGCCCUUCCGCCACGGUGUCAUGGAAAAACUUGGGCUUGGUCCAGAGGUCCUUCUGCAGGAGAAUCCCAGACUCAUCUAUGCUAGGCUUACUGGAUUUGGCCAGACAGGAAAAUAUGCCAGCUCUGCAGGUCAUGACAUCAAUUAUUUGGCUUUAUCAGGUGUGCUGUCAAAACUGGGUAGAAAAGAUGAAAAUCCUUAUGCACCCUUUAAUCUUCUGGCUGAUUUUGCUGGUGGAGGUGUCAUGUGCGCAAUGGGCAUUGUUUCAGCCCUUUAUGAACGUACCAGAUCUGGUAAAGGGCAGGUCAUUGAUGCAAGUAUGGUAGAAGGAGUAGCAUACCUAAGUUCUUUCCUGUGGAAAUCACAAAAACUGGGACUUUGGAACAGACCUCGAGGUGAGAACCUGCUAGAUGGUGGCGCACCUUUUUAUGAAACCUACAGGACCUCCGAUGGAAAAUACAUGGCUGUUGGUGCCAUUGAGCCUCAAUUCUAUGAACAGUUAAUAAAGGGUCUUAAUCUAGAUUCAGAUGAACUCCCCAGUCAGUUGAGUUUCUCUGACUGGCCUGAAAUGAAGAAAAAAUUUGCAUCCAUAUUUGCACAGAAGACACAAGCUGAGUGGUGCAGCAUAUUUGAUGGUACUGAUGCCUGUGUGACCCCUGUUUUAUCCUUUGAUGAUGUUGCCUCACAUCAGCAUAACAAACAAAGAAGUUCUUUUAUCAAAAAUGAUCAGGAAGAGAUAAGUCCUAGACCUGCUCCUCUUCUAUCAAGGACCCCUGCUGUUCCGUCGUUUAAAAGAGAUCCUUUUAUAGGAGAACACACAGAAGAGAUACUUCUAGAAUAUGGAUUUACUAAGCAAGAGAUUACUAAGCUUUAUUCUGACAAAGUAAUAGAAUUCGGUAAACCAAAAGCUAAUUUAUAAUCUGUAACUAUGCAGAUCAGACAAAUUUCAGGAUGGUACAGUAAGUUUUUAUGCAUUAAAAUUGAAUUAUAUGGCGAAUGUGUGCAUGAUAUAGCAUUUUAAUAUUUUUUUAAUUACUGAAGUUUUAAAUUUAAUUGAAACAGUUGGGAGUUAUAUAUUUGUGUACCUGGAUGGUCUACAAGCUAGAAUAAUACCAAAAUUGUUUUCUGAAUAUCUAUGUAGUUUGCUUAAUAAGCAGCUGUAUAUCUUCAAAAUGUUUCUUUAACUAUCAUGUCCCCUGAAAUGUUUGUUUCUUUUAAUUCUUAGUUACAACAUCACUUUGCAAUGUACGCUGUAAUUAUAUGAAGGCAAUACUUUUCAUAAAAUAUAGUUAUAUUCUUCCUAAACAA